CAGAACCUGCGUCUUGUGGGAACCUUCUCUUUCUCGCUUUGCCUUUCCCGUCGCUCCUUCCUUUUCUUUUCUCUUUUCCUUCCUUGCCUUCCUUCACACUCGUCUGCUUUUUUGCUGCCCGUGCACGCAAAGUAGCCCAACUUCGCCGCCCUCACGGCUUCCCAGUCCAGUUGCGACAUCUCAGCACUGCUAUACGCACGACUCCUUCCGUCUUCCUCAUCGCAUUCCGCAUUUUGACUCGGUCAAGGCCUCCCCUCGGCCAAUUGCGCCCAUAUCCUCCCGCCGCAGUAGCUCGGUUCCGAUCGCCUCGCACCCUCUAUCCGCUCAGCACAAGACACCUAGUCGCCAUCUUUAACGAUCAUCGUUAAUUUGUUUUAGGACGUUUAUUCGUUUUUUUUUUGGUGUCAAAUUUACCUUGCUGCAGUUUCUGCGCUUUCAUUCCCUUCCCCGUCCGAACCGUCCCGCGAACUCUCCCCGAGUGACAAGAAUCCAUCAUCAGCCAGCCCGUCACCAACCGGAAAAGGAUAUCCUUGCGCCGUCGCUGUCGAAUCCACGGAAUACGCUUCUAAAAUUGGGUUCUAAAUCGAUGAAAUGAAAUGAAACCUUGCUAGCCAACACAUCUGCGCAUUUUACAUUAAUCAGUGGCCUGUUUCCGCUCGCCGUUAGACUUCAGCAAAAUUCUUCCCGUCUGUCCACCUGAGUUAAGCGCUUAGUUGCAGCUCGCUCACAUACACGAUAUAGCACAGAUGGCUAUGAAAACAGAACACCUUCACUCUCCCAACUUGGCAACUGAUAGGAUACACGAGCCCAUUGGAGCUCGCAUCAUUCCCGUUCCAGACGACCGAUCCGCCAUGUCUGCCGCCCAAGCCGCCUCUACCGACGCUAUGGAAGUUGAAUCCCCGUCAAGCAAUUCUCCCACGAAUAAUAAUUCACCACCUGAGACUACGACUGACUCCGAAAAGAAUGGAAAGGCGUCUGUCCCGGCAAAUGAAACAUCACCUCCAGACACAAGCGGCACCGGCUCUGGCGCGAUGCUGGCGCCAUCAGCAGCUGGAGCAGCUCAACAGCCGAAAAUAGUACAGACGGCGUUUAUUCACAAGCUGUAUAAUAUGCUCGAAGACACCAGUAUUCAGCACCUGAUUUCCUGGUCUUCCACUGCCGAAAGUUUCGUUAUGUCACCAACAGCCGACUUUUCGAAAGUUUUAGCCCAAUAUUUCAAGCACACAAACAUCUCAUCUUUUGUCCGCCAGCUCAACAUGUAUGGUUUCCACAAAGAACGUGAUGUUUUCCACACAGGAAAUCCGGACACAACUCUCUGGGAAUUCAAGCACGGCAACGGCAAUUUCAAGCGCGGUGACUUGGCCAGCUUGAGAGAAAUUAAGCGUCGAGCCAGCAAGCAUACGCCCAUUCACAAAGAAAGUGCUUAUGUCAAAUCCAACUCAUCGCAGCCAGGAACGCCCGCUGAGCCCAUGCACAUGCCCCCCGAAACGACGGAAGCGCGCGUUGCCAACUUGGAACAUAGCUUAUACGAGCUGGCAAGCAGAUUACAACGCAGCGAAGAGACUGUGCACUACCUCCAGUCAAAGGCUCACACUGCUAUGGAUACUCUUGGCAAAGUCUUGCAUUUCAACCAGGAGCUCACGCGAUCGCUCCUCUCCCUCGCUCCCGUCGAUAGCGCUGCUCAUCGCGAUGUGAUGACGCUGCAGAAUAUGAUUCAACGGCAGGCAGAUAUGGUUAGAAACUAUGAUGAGCAACACGACGCUCCAUAUAUCCCCAGUUCAAGAUCCUAUUUCGGUGGCGUCGAGAAUGCCCCUGUGUCGCCGCGACAGCUCCCACAGGAUGACUCUAGAAGAUUAGCGCCGGGUAUUCAACAAAUUCGGGGACAGCCAAGCUACCGACCUUUGGUUCCAUCUAACCUCUCCUCUGGCAGCAGACGACCAUAUGGCUCCAUUGGCGGCACAAGCCCUAACCAAAGCUCACCUUUGCGUAACGCUGCGCCUCCUCCUCCUCCUCCCGGCCCUCAUUUGCUUCCACCUGCUGCAGAAGCACUCACCUCAACCGGACGACGACAUACUUCAGCAGAUAUCCGUGCCCAUGGCUGGCAACCCGCACCAUCGCCAUUCUCUUCAAACCCUCCUUCAGCAGCAUGGCCAUCAUCGCCAAGCAGAGUACCACCUGAAGACCAACACCAGCGCCUUCGCGAGUCCUUGUCGUCUUACUCACUUCAAACCGCAUCCCAUAGCCACCCUCAAUCCCGCCCUACAACUCCUCCUCCUCCCACUGCUAAUGGCAGUGGUCAGGGGGCCGAUCCAUUCAGCAGUUGGACUUGGAACUCUGCGGGCAGUCGUGAGUCAAAGGCCUUGGCUUUCAAGGAUUCUUCUGCACCUCCUACACGCCGCGGAAGCAUGGCCCAUAUUUUGAACCCAAGCGAAGCCGGUGCUCGAGAGGAGGAUGACGACGACACACGAGGAGACGAAGAUCGAAAGCGAAAGCGUAUACAAUAAGCUAGGACUUUGGCCUGCUUAUUCGGUUAAAGAAACAGAAAGUUGAUGUCUACAUAUUUGGCGCCAUUGCUGUUAUUGGGAUUUGAAAUUGUUUGGUGUUUUCAUUGUACUUGGUCCGGGAAUUGGCGUACACUACACGCUCUUGUUUGGGUAAUAAAAAGGCCCCUUUUGAAUGCGGUGGGUUUGCAUCCUGGUGUAUAUUUGGUGUCGCCUAUUUUGGUGCACGGAGGAGCAUAUGCAGCGGCCUACGAGAAGGAGUAUGGACAGCGACUGAGUUGAGAUGGGAGCAAUGUGGUAUAUAUGGCACAGUUGGCGUCUCAGUCUAACUUUUGUACUAAUCAUGAAUUGUUGUAUAAAGAUAAAAAAACACGCUUGUUUGGAUAUGACUGAUAUAUUUACAUAGUGAAUGGUGCACCAAAGUUAUUGUUUUGCUUCACUGUCUUUUGUCUUCUGUUUCUUCUUAUUCUUCUUCUUCAUUGAUGAAGCAGCGUCUUGUAGAGCAUCCACCUUUGUAGUAGACUCACUCUCGACCUCGCGGUCUACAGGAUCUAUGUCACCCUGAGCGGCCGGAUGUACUUCAGCGGGAGUGUCUUCCAUCUCUGUAGCAGUCCGUUUAGGUCGUUUCCUCUUUCCCAAUGCGCUUCGCCCAGCGUCGUCGUCGCUCUCACUUUCUGGCUGCUUCUUGGCCUGCCUCUGUGCUCUAGCAUUGGCACCUUCUUUGCGGCCCAUAAGUCUUCGUCUUAGCGUCAUGUCCUCUUUAGACUUGUCUCCGGCUGAUGGGCCCUCUUUUGGACGCUCAUAACCAACACCUUCGUUGGGGCGAGGGCCGUUGAAAAGAUCUUCAUCGGGGUCGCGGUCGUAGUGUGUAGGCUGGACCUUGGGACGCCGCGACUGGUCUGAUGGUUUUGAAGGGUUGAGGGUCUUGAGGAUAGAUGAUUGCUUGUUAAGCAGGAGCGAAAUGCGGUUCGAGAUGGCUGCGCGGUCGGGGGCGACCGGGAGUGGUGUUGUAUCUGACGGCAUGAUAUCUGUAGAGCUUUUGUCGCAUGCGCGACAGAGAUAGAGAUCCUAUCGUACCAGCAGGUAAGAGAGUCACAACUAGUGUUUCGUGGCGAGAUAUAUGAAGUUGUGGGUUUAUUCUAGAAUCUUAUUUGUCGUUCGUUGCGACAUGUGCAUU